AUGCGGCCGAGGAGUCCUGGACUGCUCCUGCUGCUGCUCUGGGGUCUGCAAGCCGAGAGUCAAGAAGAAGUGCGAGCGAUGGUGGGCAGCGACGUCCGGCUCCGCUGCAUUUACCCUGAAGAAAACAGCUUCGAUUUAAACGACCUUUAUGUCUACUGGCAAAUCAGCAUGGCGGGCAAAGGGAAUGCCGACUCCGUGGUGACCUACUACCUGUCCGGAAACGACUCUGCCGACCACAGUGACAACCACUACAAGGACCGGGCCCAGCUGUCCUUGGACAGCAUGAAGCGGGGCGAUUUCUCUCUGCAUCUGCGCAACAUCACCCCCCAGGACGAGCAGAAGUUCAUCUGCCUGGUGUUUCAGAUAUCCUUGCAAUUAAAAAAGAUUUUGGAAGUUACGGUCACGCUGCAUGUGGCAGCAAACUACAGCAUGCCCGUGGUCAGUGGCCCAUCCCAGGACGAGGAGCUCACCUUCACGUGCACGUCCACCAAUGGCUACCCCCGGCCCAAUGUGUACUGGAUCAACAAGACGGACAACAGCGUGCUGGAUGAUGCCCUGCACAACAGCACGGUGUCCCUGAACGCACGGGGCCUGUAUGAUGUGGUCAGUGUCCUGAGAAUCAGGCGAACCCGCCAUGUCAACGUGGGCUGCUGCAUUGAGAAUGUGCUGCUGCACCAGAACCUGACGAGCGGCCAGACAGAAACAUUCACAGGAACCAAGGACAGCAUCACAGAGGACCCAAUCGAUGGCAGCCACGGGGGAGAACCUCGGCCGGUUCUUAGCGUCCUUGUCGUGCUGGCCGUGAUCGUGGCCCUGGCUCUAGCCAUAGGCUGGCUGUGUAGGAGCAGGUGUCCGCCCAGAAGCUACACAGGUGCCCAGGUUGCAAGGCCGGAGCUGGCGCUCACGGGUGAUUCCUGGCCCGCGGCUGCUGGUGCCGCAGCAGAUUCACUCCCGAGGCCUGUCCCCGAGGCCCAUCCUGGAGGAUGCGGGACACAGCUUGCUAA